UCAUCGGGUUUAAUAAGUGAGUCAAACACUCGGAGAGUCUGAGGUUUGCUCUACUACCUGUACAAAACGAUUUAGCUCCCGACGAAUAUAGGCUGUGACAGCGUGUGCGGUCGACGCGCCGCUGCUACGCCUCUGGAAAUCCGCACUUCUCCGCCUAUAUCUCCUGGUCGAAUCCCCCAAUCAGGUAGGCGCGGAGCACCGGCUGCACGGCAUUCACAUGCACUCACACCCCCUUUCUCUCUUGGUUUCGGUUGAACACGAAGUUGACGGCGACGAUCUUCUUUGUUUGGUUUUCGUUCGUGCAUGGCGUCAUCGCCGAACCAAUUAGGGUUUUCACUCACUUUCCGUUAAUUUACCGUUGAAUUUUCUGAUUUCCCUUUUCAUUUUGCUUUGUUUGGUUGCUAAGAAAACUAAGGACGAGAGAAGAAAAACUUUCUGAAGCUUAAGUUUUGCACAUUCUCUUCUUGAGAAAAAUUCGUAAGGCCGAUUCGAUUGCUUAUUAUUUUGGGGACCCUUGGUUAAAAGGCCUAGUUGAUGCAGUUUGUGGGGUACUGCUAAUUAUUGUUUUCCGACAUUGCUGCUGAGCUUGUUUCAUUUUGACAUGGGUUCCUCGGAUCCAAAUGGCGAGAAAGCACUAGUGCCAAAGGAAGAGAUGCUAGAUUUUGAGUUCCCACCAGAUACCUUGUACUCAAGGCAUGCCGGGGACAAUGUUGCAAGCUCAUCGGGAAGCAAUAUAAGAUCAUUCUUUAUAGGAAUGGGAUUCUUACCAUCCCUUGUUGACAAAGUGGUCGAAGAAAAGGGUACGUUAUGUAUUUUUGUUCACGGGUGUCUUCUUGUAUAUCUAGGUGAAGACAACGUUGACUUGUUGUUGGAAACUCUAUUUGCACAUUCUGCUCUUGAAAAACCAAGUUCCGAAUCAUCAGAUUCUCUCGAUAGCUUGUUUGAUGACAAGGAAGCUAGCAGUCCUGUCAUUCAACCAAAAGAGGAGCCUGAUGUACAUAAUGGAGUCAAUGAUGACAAAAGAGCAUCCUUACUGAUGAUGAAGUUCUCUGUAAAUGAAGUUGAAUUUGCAAUCGAUAAGCUUGGUGAAGAUGCUCCAAUAAAUGAAUUAGUGGAUUUCAUAACUGCUGCCCAAAUAGCUCAAGAACUUGAAAAGGAUACAGAUGAUACAACUCUUGAUGAUGAAGUUAGAAAUGAGGAUACUAAUAAUGAAGCCUUGUUUGGGACUAUGGAAAAAACACUGCGUUUGCUUGAGAUGGGUUUUUCAGACAAUGAAGUUUCGUUAGCGAUCGAGAAGUAUGGUGUGGAAGCUCCACUUUCGGAACUUGCUAACUCAAUAUUUGGUGAUCAAAUUGGCUAUCCAAAAAAAAAAGUUGCUAGUAGCUGUGUUGGAAGAGAAAAGGUUUUAGUUCAUUCUGAUGCUGAGUAUACUUCAAAUGCUUUUGGCACAGUAAAAGUGAAGACAGAGGAUUUUGGUUCAGAUGCUGUUUCUCAUUUAAGAAAUAUCAAUGUAGAGCAAACCUUUAAAGGAAAAAAGCCAAAACAAGAGCGUUCUGAUGACUUUCCUGUUGGUGUUUCUCAGUCUAGGCGUAUUGAUUUUUGGGAAAAUUGUAAAGGGAAAAGACUGAAACAGGAGUAUCUUGAUGACUCAAGUUCUUUUGUCGACACUACAUGGGUGGAAGAAAAAGUUGACCCGAAAAUCACCAAAUGUGGAAGUUCAAAUCUAUUCAAAGCAAAUCCGUGCAAGAGUGUUGAUCGAAUGGUAGCUAAACCUCCAUAUUUCUUUUAUGGAAACACAGUGAAUGUGUCUCAUGACUCUUGGGCAAAAAUUUCCCAGUUCUUGUAUGCACUUGAGCCUGAAUUUGUUAAUACUCAGUCUUUCUCGGCCUUGAGUAGAAAGGAAGGCUAUGUACACAAUCUUCCCACUGAGAAUAGGUUUCACAUCCUUCCAAAGUCUCCGAUGACCAUUGAAGAUGCUAUACCACAUACAAAGAAAUGGUGGCCAUCAUGGGAUACAAGGAAGAAGAUGACCUGCAUCAGUUCUGAAACUAGUGGAACAUCUCAGCUCUGUGAUAGGUUUGGAAGGAUACUAACUGAUUCCCGAGGACUGCUUUCAUCUGAACAGCAGAGAGAGAUCCUCCAUCAUUGCCGGACUUUAAAUCUUGUAUGGGUUGGUCAGUACAAGUUGGCUCCUGUUGAACCUGAACAUAUAGAGUGUAUUCUAGGCUACCCAUUGAAAUACACUCAAGCUGCUGAGAAUAGCUUAAUAGAAAGACUUAAAUUACUCAAAUACAGCUUCCAGACGGACACAUUGGGCUAUCAUCUCUCAGCAUUGAAGUCAAUGUAUCCAGGAGGGUUAACAAUGCUGUCAUUAUAUAGUGGAAUCGGUGGGGCAGAAGUUGCUUUUAACCGGCUUGGCAUCCCUUUAAAAGGUGUUGUGUCUGUAGAGACUUCUGAAACAAAGAGGAGGAUUCUCAGAAGGUGGUGGCAAAGUAGUGAACAAACUGGGGAGUUGGUGCAGAUUGAAGACAUUCAGAGGCUAACAAGCAACAAGAUUGAGAGUCUCUUUAAAAAAUUUGGCGGUUUUGACUUUGUCAUUUGCCAGAACCCAUGUUUUUCUAGUUCUAAAACGGCUGCAGAAGAUGACACUCCCUCAUGUUUUGACUUCUCAUUGUUUUAUGAGUUUGUUCGCGUUUUGCAACGAGUAAGAAGUAUGACGGAAAGACGGGUGGGCAGACAUUAAGCUCUAUAUCGUUGCCAAGUGUCAUAGCUGAAGUCCGCAAAACAGACUGAAGAGGCAUGGGAAAUAAUCAUCUUUACUUAUUGAGGGUCACCUCCAUCAAGGCCCCAAAAAUACCAGAAACACCCAUGUUAAGAUUGCAGAGCCAUCAAAGGAAAGGGCCUACCACUUGAGUUGGUGCUUGAUAUGGACAAAAUGAUAGAGCUACUUCUGACGACGUAUGGCUUUGUCUUUUGCCUUAAAGUUUUUGCAUCUCUAUAAGUUGUUAGAAUUUGUUUUAUGCGAGACAAAAUCAUUAAAUUUGCACCCGGAAAAAAGAAGAGUUUUCUCAAAGUGCCAAAAUAGCUAAAAAGGAAUAUGUGAGUGAGAAGGGAAAGGGGAAAGAGUUGGGUUCUGUUGAGCUUGUGUGUCUCGUGAGUCUAUUUAAUACCAGCA